CUGUUUCUUUGAUAUUUUUGAUGGCUGAACCAUCUAGUCCACAUAAUGUGGAGGGUGAAAACCCUGAACAGCCUUUAGUGGCCGAAGAAGAAGAAGAGGGGGCUGCCGGUGGUGGAUUACCGGCGCUGAAGUGGACCAGAAAAAGCUUUGAUCGCCUUAUGCUUGAGGUCCAAAUGCCCUCGGAGUAUGGGGCUCGGUACCCAUCAGAGGGUGAUACUGGUGCCGACGCUCCGGCCGGUUAUGUGACCAUGUGGUCCGAUUUCUUCGGAGAUUGUAACCUCCGAUUACCGUUGACGGUGUUUGUUGUGGAUAUCUUGGAGUGGUACAAGGUCCACAUUUCUCAAGUGAGUCCAUUUGGGAUGAUUCGGAUUCGUAAUUUUGAGUUUACCUUUCGUGCUCUUGGCAUAGAGCCUACCGUCGGAGAUUUCCGACGGUUUUAUCAGAUGACGGUGUUCAUGGGGUUCUUUUCUUUCCGUCAACGAGACGGUACCCCGAAGCUGAUGACUCCCCCUAAGGGGAUGACGAUGUGGAAGAAGAAGUUCUUCUAUAUCAAGUCUGCUGCCCUUGCUGUGGAUAUGACGUUUCGGAAUGUGACCGAGACGAUCAUAGCAGAGACCAUUGCGAUGCCCAGUUUGAAAUCAGUGCAAUGGUUCCCGCAGCUGCAGACUAUUGAGUCUGUGAAGUUGACCAACACGCAACUAUGGCUGUUGCGUAUGAUGUUGAGGAGGGGCAAGAACUCGAAACCCGUGGUGCGGGAAAAGAGCGGUGAAGAUGCUCCCGCAUGGAGGAUGUUUGCUCCGGAUUUCGAGGGUACGGUUGAGACCGUAGUUUGUGCGGAUGGUGAACAGGAUCACAACACUAUCAUCCGUAGUAACUUCCGGGUGCCUACUGCGGCUGCACUGGCAGUUGAGUUGCCAGUAGGCAAAGGUGAUCUUGGGGCCUUGGGGGACCCUGAAGCGAAAGGUGUGCCAAAGAGGCAAACUGGUUUGAGUACAGCCGCGGAGUCACGUUCUGGUGCUGCAAAGAAGCAGGCAGAAGAGGCGGCUGCGGGAGGGACAGCUGCGGGUCCCCCUGUGAUUGGUGAGAAGAGGAGGCCAGAGCAGAAAGCUGCUGGUGGUGUUGAAACCAAACGUCGGAGACUAGUAACCAAAAGGUCUGCUCCGGCGCAGAAAAAACCUGCGGUUGUCGUUGAGCGUCAAGAUGAAGAUUUUUCUAUCUUCGAUGCUCCGGAGUCCCCUCCGCGUGCCAUGGGUGCGGGUGGAACGGAGGUGCCGUCGACACCUCCCGUCAAGGUGGUACCUGAGUCAACCGUGCAGAAGGAGGGUACCGCAGAGAAUGCUGCGGCCCAGAUAUUUGAUACUGUCGACUCGUCCAACAACCUGAUCUCUCCCAAUGAGGGAGACGAUUUGAGUUUGCGGUUCACUGCUACUGGGAAGCAACAUUCUGAUGCUGAACCGCAAAAAACUGGCGCUGAAGCGCGGCAGCAUGAUGCUGGGCCGCAGAAGUCUGCGGUUGAUAAGGGUACCAGCUCGUCGGCCGGUGGUGCGGGGUAUGACGGGCCUCCAAUUCAGGGGAUGAUAUUGCUAACGAUCCUGCGGCCUGCAGGGAGAUCUUGGGCGGUCUGGGGACCCCCUUUAAAGUUGAGCGGGCUCGUGCCGCACCGCGGGAUCUGCGCUGAUGUUCAAGCCCGGGAGGUCGCGGUUACAGAUCUUACUGCCCGCGUGUCUGCUGCGGAGGAACGUGCUGACUCCGCUAUGGAGGCCAAGGAUGCCUUGGUGUCCUCCCUUAAUCAGUUGGAGGCUGACCGUGAAUGGAUGCGGUCAUGCGGUAUUUCGCGCAUUGUCGAGGCGAUUAUGAAUGCCCCUGAGACUGCUGCUGGUUUGAAUCUGGUCCGGGAUCGCGCUCGGGAUGCCGGUUUUAAGGCAGGGUACAACCGCUGCAUUGGCCAUCUGAACGUGAUUACCAAGGGUAGUCAUACGGAUGAGCGAUCGGGGUUCCGUGGCGUGGAUACCGAGUCGCACCUGAAAGCAGCCGAGGCUUCCUUCUAUGACAAGUCCCUUGCUUGUAUACAGGAAUUGGACAGUUGUUUGGAUGCCGCGGACUAUGUAGACCGCUUGCGGAUGCUGUAUCCGGAUGUAGAAGAGGACGACGCUGCUGGUAACGCUAGAGAUGAUGCGGGGACCAGUGGUACAAAGUAG